ACUCAGGCUCAUGUCUGGUACAUUCCCUGCCUCCUCUUUAGCAAAAAAAAAGAUGUCUUGGUUCUGUGUGGUUGACCACUGCCCCGUCAAAAAGGCACCUGAAAUUGAUGAAAGAUAUUCAUAUCAUCUGGGAGUUUUAAAAGUUAGCACACUAUCUUUGGUAUGAUACGUUUGGCGCAGAGUUUUCUGCGGAUCGCGCAGCGCUUCAGAUUGGCUGCUACAAGUUUGAAGUCGAAGCGCGUUUCGGAUGAGAAUACGCCUGGAAAUGGGGGAUCAGCGCCGACGGCACUCAGAAUGGAUAUAACUACUAUCACCAUCCUCUCGCCGAACUCAUCCGCGGAUACUAAUGGCACGAGCGCGCCUAGACCCCCGCCGCAUUCACAGUACGUUGCGGUGCUCAUCAUUCUCGUGGUUACCGUAAUUAUCUUGGUGACCAUAGUGGGUAACGUUUUAGUGGUGGUGGCCGUUUUCACCAGCCGCGCGCUGCGUGCGCCACAGAACCUCUUUCUGGUCUCUUUGGCGUCUGCUGAUAUUUUGGUGGCCACUUUGGUUAUUCCGUUCUCCCUAGCCAAUGAAGUGAUGGGCUACUGGUAUUUUGGAAGCACCUGGUGUGCAUUCUACCUGGCUUUAGACGUGCUCUUCUGCACGUCAUCCAUUGUGCACCUUUGCGCCAUAAGUUUGGACCGCUACUGGUCUGUCACCAAAGCGGUCAGCUACAACCUAAAGAGAACCCCGCGGAGAAUAAAGUUCAUGAUCACGGUGGUGUGGGUCAUCUCGGCCGUGAUUUCCUUCCCACCGCUUCUCAUGACCAAACACGACGAGCUGGAGUGUUUGCUGAACAACGAGACCUGGUACAUCCUCUCCUCCUGCAUGGUGUCGUUUUUUGCGCCUGGUCUCAUCAUGAUUUUGGUGUACUGCAAGAUCUACAGGGUGGCCAAACAGCGCGCGUCCACCGUGUUCGUGGCUAAGAACGGGAUGGAGCGACAGCCUUCCCAAUCCGAGACCUGCUUCGUGCGUAAAGGCAAGUCAGAUAUGGAGAGCCCCAGCAGCCACAGCUCAGGCAGCCGAGAGCGCAAAGGCGAACUCGACGACAUCGAUCUGGAGGAGACGUGCGUCUCCAACAGACAAAGAAACUCGCGCUUCGCCAAGAGCAGGAAGGUAGAAGGGGCACACGCGUGUCCAAAGCAAAAUGGACGUCUCUCUUGGGCAUGUAGUCGCGCGUCGGACGUCGAUCAGGAGCCGAAGGCGCGUCAGCUGUCUUUGUCCAAGUCCAAACUGGCACAGAUGCGAGAGAAGCGCUUCACCUCCGUGCUGGCUGUGGUUAUGGGGGUGUUCGUGCUCUGCUGGUUUCCUUUUUUCUUUACGUACAGCCUUCAUGCCAUAUGCCGAGAAAGUUGCCCAAUACCGGAUUCAAUGUUUAAUCUCUUUUUCUGGAUUGGUUAUUGCAACAGUUCUGUGAACCCCAUAAUUUACACCAUUUUCAAUAGAGACUUUAGGAAAGCGUUCAAGAAGAUAAUGUGCAAGCAUUCUAUACGCACGUAAAUGCACACACAUAUGUGUAUGGGUCAAUGACAAAUAAAAGUGUCAGAGAGGGAAUCUAAUAUAUCAUAAAAUAUAAUAUAAUAAAAUAUUAUACACUGUAAAAAGUGGUAAAUAUAAAAAUAUUUAGGUUUAAUCAACAUUUUUUUAGGUUACCAUUUUUUUCAGUGUAUAAUAUAUAAAUAUAUCUGCCUUAAAAAAAUGUAAAGUGGUUUAAUCAUUAAAUAAAAGCUACUAAAAUUAUUUCCUUGCACACUGAAUAUGCAUAGAUAUAUUAGUAUAUAAAAAGCUUUCAAAUCGUUUUCAAACAUAAUUUUUAUUAUGAUAGAAUUUUGAUUAAUGAAUAUCAUAGCGUUCUUAGAGGCUGACCCCAUUGGACCUAAACAAAUCAUCUUAACACACAGUAGUACGAGUUUUAUGGUUUUCUUGGCACAUGAAAACAGAAUGUCUUUCUGCAUAUUACACCAUGUUACACCGCAAUAAUAAUAAUAAUAAUAAUAAUAAUAAUAAUACAAAUUAAAAAACUGCUUCCAUUGUUAUUUUGAAGUGAAAGAUAUAAUUAUCUUCUAAUUCUCUUAGUAGUUUGUUUUAUAGUCUCCAGCUGGUUACACCACUUUGACA